AUGCUGACACUCAUAUACAGCGGUUGGGCGACAUCAAAAGUCCUGAAAGAUGCACUAAUUCCGUACGUCUCGUCAUCUCUGGGGAAGGUAGUACAUACCAGCUCGAGGGAUGUUGUCGAUGCCGCUAUCAGAAAAGCUUUUACAAAUCUUGAUGAUCGCAUAAUGGCGGAUGCCCAGAAGGGUGCUAAGGGAGACUGUGAACCAGGAUCUGCCGAAGCCAUUGCCGCUCUAGCUCCUGCUUUCGCAGGGUCGUGCGCCCUGCUUACCAUUUAUGAGCCCAAAUCAUCGACCCUGCGAACAGCUGUGACUGGAGACUCGCGCGCUGUUUUAGGAUCUUGGUCUAUUGAUAGUCACACAUUUGCGGCCCAUGCACUGAGCAAGGACCAGACCGGAUUUAAUGAGGAAGAGGUAAAGAGGCUAAAUGCUGAGCACCCUGGUGAAGGCGGUGACAUUCUUAGUCCUGAGACUGGAAGACUUAUGGGAAUUGCCAUCACAAGAGGAUUUGGUGAUCAUCGAUGGAAAUGGACGAACGAGUUCAUCAAACAUCUGCAAUCCAAUUUUUACGGCAGUGCCCCGCGUCCCAAAUCCAAAACACCCCCCUAUAUGACUGCUGCACCAGAGGUAACUACCAAGAAAGUGGAGUCGUCGGACUUUGUGAUUCUUGCCUCUGAUGGUUUAUGGGAUGUGAUGUCCAACGAUGACGCGGUGACUUGUGUGUCCCGAUGGCUGGCAGCCCGUCGCAAGGGGAAACCAGAGAGUGUGGAGGACACCAAAUUCACCUCAUAUGCGAUAGAUGAUGAGGGAUUCCCGAGUUAUAAAGCCACUCCUGAAUUCUUCGCUAUAGAAGACUUGGAUAAUGCGGCUGUAUGUUUGGUUAAGAACGCGCUUGGUGGGAGACGAAGGGGGCUAUUUUGCGGAGCCAUGACUGUGACCACUCCUACCAGCCGAUAUAUGAGAGAUGAUAUAACGGUGCAAGUUAUUUUCUUUAAAGAUCCUUGAGAAGGGAAUUAUCUUAGCAAAUUGAAAGCACAUAUUUCUUGAG